CGCACAGACGGCGUUCGUUGGAGGCAGAGCUCAGUGGGAGGGCGCACGGACGCGCCGCGCGUCCGCAUCACGGAGCAGGGAGGCGCGGCUGCAGAGCCUGGAGGAAUCCGGUUGUAAAGUCCACACCGGAGGCAAAACAAAAUGCUGUGAGGGGCAAAUUUGCCUAGAGCUCGUCUGGUGAGUGUAAUUCCUUUCAGGGCCAUUGGACAUCUGACGGGGAGGACUGAGGAGAAGACUGAGGAGAAGACUGAGGAGAAGACUGAGGAGAAGUCUGAGGAGAAGCGGAGAUGAACACCAACGAUGCCAAGGAGUACCUCGCACGGCGGGAGAUACCUCAACUAUUUGAGAGCCUGCUGACUGGCUUGAUGUACCACCGGCCCGACGACCCCAUCGACUACCUGGAGUCGUGUCUGAAGAAAGUCAGGGAGCUCGGGGGAACGGACAAGGUGCGCUGGGAUACGUUUGUGGGCCAGGAGAAGAAGUCCCUCCCACCCCUCAAUGGCGGUCAGUCCCGGAGGUCCAUCUUCAGGAACGUGUUGCCCGACAGUCCUAACUUCCCGUACAGACGCUACGACCGUCUCCCUCCCAUCAGCCAGUUUUCUAUCGAAAGUGACUCGGACCUGUCGGAGACUGCGGAGCUCAUAGAGGAGUACGAGGUGUUCGAUCCGUCCAGACCACGACCCAAAGUCAUCCUUGUCAUCGGUGGCCCUGGCAGCGGCAAGGGGACGCAGAGUCUGAAGAUUGCCGAGCGCUAUGGUUUCCACUACGUGUCUGUGGGCGAACUGCUGAGGAAGAAGAUGAUCCACAACGCCACCAGCAACAGGAAGUGGAGCCUGAUCGCUAAGAUCAUCACCAACGGGGAGCUGGCGCCGCAGGAGACGACAAUAACUGAGAUUAAGCAGAGGAUUAUGAAGAUCCCGGACGCUAACGGUAUCGUCAUAGAUGGGUUCCCCCGGGAUGUGGGACAGGCCUUGAGCUUUGAGGAUCAGAUCUGCACUCCUGACCUGGUCAUGUUUCUGGCCUGCACCAGCCACCGUCUGAAGGAGCGGCUGCAGAAGCGGGCGGAGCAGCAGGGGCGACCGGACGACAACCCCAAGGCCAUCGAACGCCGUCUGACCAACUUCAAACAGAACACCAUUCCUCUGGUCCAGUACUUCCAGGAGAGAGGCCUCAUUGUCACGUUGGACGCCGACCGAGACGAGGAGGAGGUUUUCUGUGACAUCAGCAUGACUUUGGACAACAAGCUGUUUUCCUCCAAAGAACCGACAGCAGGUCCCAGUGAGUUGGACCUCAGUCUCCUGGGAGAAACCAGCGCUCUGGCAGACGUCGCCUACAAGUACAGCGAGCUGGAUGAUGAAGAGGAGGAGGAGGAGGUGGGCUUCGCUGAAGGAGCAGCAGAAGGUUUUUGCACAGAACACAGGAAACCAAAGGUCAUCUUUGUGCUUGGGGGUCCAGGGUCAGGGAAGUCGCUCCAGUGUCAGCGGAUGGAGGAGAGGUUCGGCCUACGUCACAUGACUUUGGGUGAUUUGCUGUGUAACGAGCUGCAGUCGCAAAGUGAACGAGGGCGCCACCUACGGGAAAUGCUGGAGGGAGGAGAGCAGCUGCCCAGGGACACACUCCUGGAGCUUCUUGGUGAUGCUGUGGCAGCGUCCGUCCACCAGAGGCCGGGGAGAGGUCUGGUCAUCAGUAGCUUCCCCAGAGACCUGCUGCAGGCGGAGGAGUACGAAGCCAAGGUGGCUGAUCCCAGUGCGGUUCUCCUGCUGAGCUGCUCGCCCAAAACCCUGUCCACUCGUCUUCAGUGCAGACGCAGGUCCAGCACAGACAGAGACAGCGCCACACACAGGACGCUAGAGAGUUUCACCGACAACAGCCAGGAGGUGGCGGCCUACUAUCAACGCAAGAGGCUCCUGCACACGAUCGAUGCUGAAGGUUCACCAGACGAGGUCUUCACCCAGAUCCUCCAGGCCCUGGAGUCCAGUUCCAUCUUCUGAAAAUCUACCAACAGUCAAACACGAUUCAUGCCAAACUUUUGAGCUCAUCGAGGAUUCUGUCUCUCAUAUUUUCUUCUCUCUCUCUCUCUUCUCUGCUGCUUCACUAUAAAGGAAACUCAAACCAUAGAUUCUGUAUAUGAGAUGGAGCCAGGUGCUGCAGGUAGAUCUGAGGCAGUUAGAACUGUUUACAGAAGAUAGAACCUAUCUUUACCUUAGAGUUUAAAACGCUUCGACGCUUCAUAAACAACCAUAAAGAACGUUCAUCUUUAAUUCAUGGUCUAAACCAGUGCUUUGAGCUGAACCUCGUAGCUACGUCAUGUUCUUAUACACCGUCUAUGAGUCCCACUCGUCACCUCCUCCACCAGACACGACCCUGUUUGACCUUCAGUGAUAUGCAUGCCUCACCUGAUGUUUUAAGAUCCCUUCAUCACUCAGUUAAAUCUCUCUCUCUCUAUCGCUCUCUCUGAUUGGUCACACUCUGCAGCAGCUUCCUCCAUCUCUCUCUCUCUCUCUCUCUCUCCUGCUUCCUUCAACCUGCCAUAUAUUUUAUCUGUACAGUGAAGCUGCCAACUUGUCAGACUGAGGCUGAAUAAUUAGCAUCUCCUGUUGUGACUGUGAGCCACCAGGACGGAAAGUAAAAAGUAAAAAAAAAAAAACGCCAGCGUCCGUUCACAGCGAGAUGGCAUGCACUGACCAGCGUCCAUGUUUGAACUGCCUUUCUGUGCACGUCUGAGUAUCACAACAAUAUACUGCAUUUGUUUUCAGGCUUAUCGUACAAGUGCUUGUUCCAGUCUGGUCUUCAACACUCAAUAAAGACAGUGACAUUUGCUAAGUGGA